UGAUUUCACUUCCAGCCCCUAGGAGCGAGGAGGUUCCAAGCCCACAAACAGGAAGGAGAGAAGGCCCUGGAGUGCGGGCAGAGGGAGUGUCAUUCCCAGCAGCGCAGCGCGGGCCGGCCCGGGCCGGGGAGGGGGCACUAGCGCGCAUACCCUACUGCAACGCGCCUGGGGGUCCCCCGGGUCCGGGAGGGGGUCCAGGGGAGGAGCAGAGACAGGACGUGCCCCGGAAGGCUCGGGACAGCUCCGGGGGGCUCCCAGGGCGCCCCCGCCCCUUCCCCCUCGGCCCUGGGGCGCCCCCGCGGUGCCGGGGCGGGGCGUGCACGUCAGCCGGGGCUAGAAAAGGCGGCGGGGCUGGGCCCAGGGGGGUGACAGCCGCUCUUGGACGCAGAGCCCGGCUCGACGCCGCCAUGAGCGCCGCGCUCUUCAGCCUGGACGGCCCGGCGCGCGGCGCGCCCUGGCCUGCGGAGCCUGCGCCCUUCUACGAGCCGGGCCGAGCGGGCAAGCUGGGUCGCGGGGCCGAGCCGGGGGCCCUAGGCGAGCCAGGGGCCGCCGCCCCCGCCAUGUACGACGACGAGAGCGCCAUCGACUUCAGCGCCUACAUCGACUCCAUGGCCGCCGUGCCCACCCUGGAGCUGUGCCACGACGAGCUAUUCGCCGACCUCUUCAACAGCAAUCACAAGGCGGGCGGCGCGGGGCCCCUGGAGCUUCUGCCCGGCGGCCCCGCGCGCCCCUUGGGCCCUGGCCCCGCCGCUCCGCGCCCGCUCAAGCGCGAGCCCGAUUGGGGCGACGGCGACGCGCCCGGCUCGCUGCUGCCCGCGCAGGUGGCCGCGUGCGCACAGACCGUGGUGAGCCUGGCGGCCGCAGGGCAGCCCACACCGCCCACGUCGCCGGAGCCGCCGCGCAGCAGUCCCGGGCCGACCCCCGCGCCCGGCCCGGCCCGGGAGAAGAGCGCCGGCAAGAGGGGCCCGGACCGCGGCAGCCCCGAGUACCGGCAGCGGCGCGAGCGCAACAACAUCGCGGUGCGCAAGAGCCGCGACAAGGCCAAGCGGCGCAACCAGGAGAUGCAGCAGAAGCUGGUGGAGCUGUCCGCCGAGAACGAGAAGCUGCACCAGCGCGUGGAGCAGCUCACGCGGGACCUGGCCGGCCUCCGGCAGUUCUUCAAGCAGCUGCCCAGCCCGCCCUUCCUGCCGGCUGCCGGGACCGCAGACUGCCGGUAACUCGCGGCCGGGGCGGGAGAGACUCAGCAACGACCCAUACCUCAGACUCGACGGCCCGGAGCGGAGCGCGCCCUGCCCGGGCGCAGCCAGAGCCACCGGGCACCCGCUGCAGUUUCUUGGGACAUAGGAGCGCAAAGAAGCUACAGCCUGGACUUAUACCACCACUGAACUGCGAGAGAAGCUAAACGUGUUUAUUUUCCCUUAAAUUAUUUUUGUAAUGGUAGCUUUUUCUACAUCUUACUCCUGUUGAUGCAGCUAAGGUACAUUUGUAAAAAGAAAAAACCAGACUUUUCAGACCAACCCUUUGUAUUGUAGAUAAGAGGAAAAGACUGAGCAUGCUCACUUUUUUAUAUUAAUUUUUACAGUAUUCGUAAGAAUAAAGCAGCAUUUGAAACCGC